CGAGGUGGUUCUGCCCCACCAAAACAUUGUGCUUGUCAUUCUAUUAAUAUAUCAUACGUACGCCUCACCCCCAACACAAUCUGUGUACGUACCAUCUCAGCGGGUGUCUGCGUGUGAAGAUCGGGAUCCAUGGCGCUCAAGGAAGAGGAUUCAACUCUUUCUAAGCUCGAGUCAGCGUGUUCAGAUUUGAAAAUCCUGUUGCAAACGUCAGCCAAAAUGGACGAAAGCCUUGAAAACAUGGACAAAAAGCUUGACCUUGUGGAUGAAUCUCUUUCAACGGCCUCAAGAAGAGUGGCUCCUUUACAGUCCUUAGCCAUGGCCAAGAAAGCCCUCGACACGCGAAUCAACCGCGCCGUCACUCCCGCUCUUACUCUCCUCGACAGCUUCAAACUCUGCGAGUCUCUCCAGGACAACCUCCUCGAACUCUCAUCCAAUUUAUCAUCCGAAAAAACACCCAGAAAUCGGCUCAGGAAACUUCUCGAGUACGUGGACUACGUCGAUCAGCUGAAUGCCGCCAUUAACGGGAUCAGUCAAGAGGGAGAACCGGUGAUUCAGAAGCUUCAAGAAGUGGUGGAGUUCUUGAGCAGGACGAAGGCGACGGAUCAGUAUAGAACGCACCGUCUCAGACAAACUCUGGCUACUCUGAAAGCUCUCUAUGAAUCUGAGGUUGAUGCGAUGAAAUUUGAUGGGCUUCUUGAUGAGGCUCUGUUGAAUUUGCAGGACGAGUAUGAGAGUAUAUUAGAGCAGUUAAGGCAUCGGAAUAUAGGGGAAGCAGGGACAGUGACAUCUGAUCUGGGUACGGAUCUGGAGGUUGAAGUUCUUCGACGAAUUUCGGAGACUCUAGCUGCCAACGAUUGUCUCGACAUAUGUAUUGGCAUCUUUGUCAAGGUGAGAUACAGAAGGGUAGCCAAAGCACUGAUGCGGCUAAGCCCAGAUUACCUAAGAACAUACAGACCCGAAGAAAUCGACGAGAUGGAAUGGGAGAGCUUGGAGACGGCGAUAACCCUUUGGAUCCAACACUUGGAACUCGCACUCAAAACAGUGCUCGUAUCAGAAAAGAAAUUCUGCAACCAAGUUCUUGGGAAAAUCAUGGACGGACUGGUCUGGCCAGAAUGCUUUGUCAAAAUCGCCGACAAAAUCAUGGCAGUCUUCUUCCGAUUCGGAGAGGGCGUUGCCAGGAGCAGCAAAGAGCCCCACAAGCUGUUCAAGCUCUUGGACAUGUUCGACUCUUUGGAAAAACUCAAACCCGAUUUCUCAGAGACUUUCGGCGGCGAAGCCGGAGCAGAUAUCUGUACGCGGUUCCGAGAACUUACAAAGCUCCUCGUAAACUCUUCAAGCAAAGUGUUUUGGGAAUUCGGCCUCAAAAUCGAAGGCAAUUCAGAUGGUUUUCCUCCGCCACAAGACGGCUCGGUCCCCAAAGUCGUCAGAUACACCAUUAACUUCCUCAAAAACCUCGCGGCCGACAAUUACAGAGCACCCAUGGCCAUGGUUCUCCGAACAGAGCAAAUAUGGAAAGCGGGCAUUUUCUCGAAACCCGAAACGGACGAGAACUUACUCAAAGACGCCAUUUCGAACGUCAUGGACGCUCUUCAGAGAAACGUCGAAAGCAAAAGGUCGCACUACAAGGACAAAAUCCUCCCCCACAUAUUUGCCAUGAACACCUACUGGUACAUCUACAUGAGGACGAGAAACACGGAGCUAGGAGACCUUUUGGGAGAGCAAUACAUGAAAACCAAGUACAAGGCUGUCGCGGAGGAAUCAGCGUACAUGUAUCAGAAUCAAGCGUGGGGACAUCUUGUGAGGCUGCUAGACAAAGAAGACUUGAAGAGGCUGCAACGCAAGGAGGCCCUGGGAAGCAUAGUAAGAGGAAAAAUGGAGGCAUUUUUGAAGGGUUUAGACGAGAUCUCACAGAGGCACAGAGGGUCUUACAGCAUUCCUGAUUUGGAUCUGAGGGAGCAGAUUAAGCAAUCCACCAUGAAGCUUCUGGUGCCGCCUUAUUCUGAGUUCUUGAACACGUUCUCGGCUGUGUUACAGGGGAAACAGUAUGUGCAGCAAAUAGAAGGGUUGCUGGGUCAGAUUUUUGAGGGUGACGAUGUGAAACUGAAGAGGCGGUAUUCCAGAGAUCGGAUAGGCGGGGGCAAUUCAUUGACCCUUGAGGGAGAGAUCAGGGAUUUUCGACGGUCCAGAUCAAAUAUUAGCGAUAUGUGAAACCUUAGUAUUGUCGUCCGAUUGGUAUAGUAUUCUGGUCGUUGUUGGGUGAUAAUAGGUAGAGAUAUGGCGUUUUGUGUGGUAUCGACUGUAGA